AUGGCCGAUCGAGUCUUUGUACGGGGCUUCGACUAUGGCACAGAAGAAGAUGCCAUCAGGGCUCAUUUUCAACAGGCGGGCCCAGUGAGCUCGGUGGAACUUUGGGGCAAAGGCGCCGCCAUUGUAACCUUCAGUGCCCCUGCGGCCGCGGAAGCCGCCGUGAAACUGGAUCGAAGCAUCAUCCCGGGGAACAGCCGCUUUGUAGAAGUGAAGCUGGACGAUGAUCCGCAAUCCAGCCGCUGCCGUGUCUUCGUGCGGGGCUUUGACUUCGGCACCACGGACGAGCAGCUUGAGUCGCAUUGCUCACAAGCAGGGCAAAUUGUAAAGGUGCAAUGGUGUAGUAAAGGUUCAGCCAUUGUGACCUACAGCACGCCCGCGGAAGCCCAGCAAGCCAUCAACACCUUGAACCGUAGCACGAUCCCAGGCAACAGCCGCUUCGUUGAUGUCAUGAUCAAAGAAGAUGGCAAUGGAUUCUUCGAGAGAAGGAUGAAGGGAAUGCCUGGAGCCAUGUUCUGGUUUGCCAACCUAGCCCGCUACUGGGGCAAGGGCAAAGGCAAGGGCAGCAAAGGGAGGAAGGAAGAUCCUCCAGGUUCAGGCCGUGUUUUUGUGCGUGGAUUUGACUUUGGCACCACCGAUGAACAGCUGCAAAGUCAUAUGUCCGCGGCAGGCGAAGUGGCGGACAUGCACUGGGUGACGCGCGGCUCGGCGGUGGUGAUUUUCAAGGAUGCGGAAUCGGCCAAGAAGGCCACAGAGACAUUGCACAAAAGUGUGAUUCCAAACAACUCCCGCUACAUCGAUGUCAUUCUGAAGGAUAGCGAGUAG